AUUCACAAACUCAUCAAUACACUUUACUUCGGUUUAAGUCUGGAAGAAGUCACGUUUACGGCUGCCACGCCGUGGAAUCUCUCUCACCCAGCAAACCAUAAAGUCACGCAGCUGCGUGCAUUACGACUUCCGCCAUCCCACACUCGUCUGAACUUCGAGUUUCCAACAGUUGGGUGUAUUUCCCUCUCAGCCGCUUGAGCUUCCCAUUUACACCUAUCCGGUGUCACUUAAUCGAAAUCGCCUCAAGCGAUCCUAUUCUGGUCAGGUUGGCGGGACAGUCGCUCGCUUUGCCAAACUCAAAGAAAUCGCCGACUCGAGCAUAUGCUCGAUCCUCUAGCUGACCCCUGACCUUCGCGAAGAUAGACGCCACGAUGGCGGUCGGGAUCGAGAGAUUGGAGAGGAAAUUGGAUCGAUUGGAGAAGUUCUUUUCAAAAAAGAGGAAGGGAACAAGGUCAUCCAAUAUCUCCCUAUCUGAGAGCAGCUCAAGGCCGCCCAGCCCGUUGUCGGCCAGGCUGGAUGCAGAUGGCCAACAGUUCCCGUGGCCCUCGUUCAUCAGGCCUACAUCUUCCCGCAUGAUUGCUCGAGAGGAGGCGGCCCUGGGCCCCAGCCCCACACGAAGAACCAAGAGUCUCCCCGACUCCUCGAAUUCUCAGCAUCCCAUGUCCCUGAACAUUCGAGCAACUAGCGUAGGGACAGUGACUAGACCAGCAUUCACUAAAGGGGUCCCUCAGAUCCCGCCACGCGUCUCCUCUUUGGCUCCCGGUAUCCCUCAGGGAUGUACUCCACAGUCUCGCGGGCUGGGGAAGACCGUUCCUGUGUCACAGUUGCUGGAGUUCAGCUUCCCCGCUGCAUCUGUGGACGGCGAAAACAAUACUUCUUCGAGCUUCCGCUCCAGAUCCAACUCUAGAUCUGGUCCCAGGUCUUUGUCGCCGUCCACCUCGGUUUCCGUCUCACCAAAAACUCGUAAGAGUCAGAAACGCAAUGCCCGCCAUGCUCACGAUGAGACACCCAUUUCUCAGUUACAUAAACUUGAUGCCAAGGGCUCUUCGGUUCCUCAGUUCGACUUCGGCUGGACGUCGAUGCAGCAGGAAAGCCAACCCUCGGGAUCUGCUCAACACCAGAGCGCCGCCUCGAAAGCAUUGUCUAGGGAAAUUUCUCUACCCGGAACCAGACGUGCUGGGAUGGGCAAUGGCAAUUCUAUGAAGUGCCCCAGACCGAAGAGCCUAUACGACUCUGGAACCCUCGACAAGCUAUCUCACGCAUCCUUGCGCAAGUCUGUCAGCCUUUCCGACGUUGACUCGAUCCUCAAGGAGCCAAGUCUGACAGAGGUCAUGAAAUUGAGCGAAGAUGAUAUUGCCGAUCAUCGUCUGACACACCGGACCAAGACCACCGCACCCAACCUUCCAGCCCGUUCACUGUCCCACGACCUGCCGGCGGCCGCCAGAGGCCCGCAGACCGUGGAGACUUACCAAUUGUUGAUGCCUUCUCCUCCGCUUGCUAGCCGGCCCACUACAGUUGCGGCACUCGAGGCUGCGAGAAUCGCAGUCAAAUUCGGGUUUGACCUCGUCUACAUCGUCAAACUGUGGCCAGGCCGAACGGGCUACUCCAAACCCCAGCUUGCCCUCAAGCCGUCGUACGGCCUUUUCCCGCCAGCUCGUCCUUCCCCACAUUCGUUCCCGGGUUCAAAUGAGCUAGGAAAGGAUACCCUCGGAGCAGGAGCCGUUCCAUCCCUUUGCAACAGCUCGGGGUGCGGCAUGAGUGGGCGUUUGCUAGCGGCAUACGGCCUUCCAUCCAUCAUGUGCCCUUUCCAGAUCUCUGUCCCUGUCCACCAGAAGGUACUCAGGACGGAGGGCUGGCUAGAGUACCGCAGCGAGAACGCUGGCACCGCCAUGGACGAAUUUGCACGUGGCUACAGUUGCUCAUUUUACACCGGGCAUAUCCCUGAGAGACGAUGCGGGAAAGCUAGUCCUGACAGCAAGAUCCGGAUGUGCAAGGAGACUGCCAGAGCGGAGGCCAAUUGCGGCAUCGUGUUCGCAGCGUACAGACUUCCGAGCAAGGACAGCGCAGAUGUCGGCUGCAAUGCUGCCCAGCUGGCGGAAGUUCACAAGGAGGCACAGGCUCUGGUCGACAUGCUUCUUGACGUCCGCCGGUCCAUGCGAAAGAGACGAGCUGCUGCUGCUGCUUCGCCCAAGCAACCCACCACCGUCCCCAGCACGACAGCAGCGGAAGCGGUACACCGAACACCGCCUUGCCAAGUGUCGAGCGCAGUUGACAACAAGCGAUCAAAAGAGUCUCUGGUCUCGGGUACGGAGCAGUGUCACAAGCCCUUUCCAAAGUCCAUUCCAAAGCCCUCCACGCUUCGCCAGUCCGCCCAGCGCGCGGCUAUAGCUACUCACUCCAUCAGUCGUCUAUACAAGGCCGGUAUGAUGAAUGCGUUUUCUUGACCUCGCCAAGCCAUGAUAGAAGGAAAUGGACAUUGUCUCACCACUCUAUGGUUGGGGUUUGCAUGGGUUUCCUGCCACACUUCACAUGUCUGGCUGGUCUUUGAAGAGGAUGGUUUGUGGAGGGAAAGGAGCAAUAAGGAAGAAAAAGCUUUGCUAUACAUUUUACGAAGUUAUGCAUGGACAGUACAUGAAGACGAUGGCAUGGAAUGAACCUACCCCUCAAGAAUUAGAGUAAUGAAUUCAUGGCAA